AUGAAGAACUUACCGGAGUCAUAUACACUAGCGGACGACGGGUCGCUGAGCGGACCUGUACAGAUCUUGGUUGGAAACGAAUAUUACUGCAACAUAACUUACGAGAAAAGGGUACAACUGGAUAGCAAUUUGUUUCUAAUCGACUCUGCACUUGGUUGGAUAAUUAGUGGUAGAGCAGAACCACAGCUUAGAGACGAGUCGUACGUAGUGACUUACACUCAGACUUGCAUUGAAACGAAGCUUCAUCAGCCAGAUCCACCUCUUUGUAAUGGAGACAUAAAGAGCCCUUGGGAACUAGAAUGCAUAGGUAUUAGUGAUUCCCCAAGAGCAACUAGAGAAGAAGAAGCCAUCAAAUAUUUUAAUGAUACAACUUUAAAAUUAAAUAAUCGAUACACGGUAAGCUGGCCUUGGAUAACUUAUCCACCGGAUUUACCUAAUAAUUUUGGAAUGGCUUUUGGUCGUUUAUCAAGCUUAUUGAAGCGUAUGGAUCAAGAUACGUUGGUAGCAUACAGCGAUACGUUUAAACAACAAUUAGAUAAGGGUAUAAUAGAAGUUGUACCCUCUUCAAGAACAUCAACAGGUAACGUCAUUCACUACCUACCUUUCCAUGGAGUACGUCAUCGAGGAAAACCUAUGAGAAUAGUUUAUGAUGCUAGCUCUAAGAGUAUCAAGGACACCAAGAGUCUGAACGAAUGUUUGUACAGAGGACCACUCAUGCUAGAAGACCUCACGGGCUUACUUAUAAAAUUUAGAACUCAUAGGAUAGGUUUAACCUCGGAUAUUGAAAAGGCGUUUUUACAGAUGGCAUUACACGAGAAGGAUCGUGAUGUAACCAGAUUCUUGUGGCUCAAAGAUACCUCUAAACCUGUAUCUCAAGACAACCUACUAUACCUUAGGUUUUGUAGAGUUCCAUUUGGCGUCAUUUCAUCACCGUUUUUGCUUAAUGCGACUAUUAAGCACCACCUGUCCAAUGCAGAAGAUCAGCAAGUCAGACAGAAAGCAAAUGACAUAUAUGUGGAUAACUUUGUUUCGGGUACCGACACUACGGAUGAGGCGAUGAAACUCUACAAAAAUCUAAAAGGAUCUUUUCAAGAUAUUUCAAUGUCACUCAGAGAUUGGAGUUCAAAUUCUAAGGAAUUUAUGAAGAAAGUCUCUGAUACAUGUAAAGAAGAUAAAGUAAAGGUACUUGGCUUAGAAUGGGACAUCAAAAAGGAUACUCUUCAGUUGAAACCUAACUUACAAGAAGAAGCUGUCACAAAGAGAGGAAUACUGAAGACUAUCGCAUCAAUCUACGAUCCAUGUGGUUAUGCAGUACCCUAUACCCUAUCAUCUAAACUAUUUUUACAAGAGCUUUGGAAAGCUGGAGUGUCAUGGGACUCACCAUUAUCGAGCGAACUAACGGAAGAAUGGAAUAAGAUCCGACAGAACUUAGAAGCCAUUAGAAAGGUGUCGGUGGACAGAUGCUACAUGAAGACACCAGUGGGAAAAGGCUACCAACUACACUGUUUCACCGAUGCCUCUCUACAGGCUUAUGCAGCAUCAGUCUUUUUAGUCUGCGGCUCGGAGAAAAGCUUCAUUAUUGGAGUACUGAUUGGCAGUAGACUGAUAAAGUUCGUUCUUAAGUUUCUCCAGCAGAAAAUAGUAAGACAAGUCUUAUGGACUGACAGCCAGAUCGUCAUAGAAUGGUGCAAAUCUGACAAGCUAUUGCCACCCUUCGUUGCCAGGCGGAUAGAAGAGAUCAAAACAAAUAAAGAUCUGGAGAUCAGAUACCUUCCAACAGAGCUAAAUCCAGCUGACGUCGGCACCAGACCCACCUGCUCGAGAGAGGACAGGGAGAAAUGGCUGAGUGGUCCACAAUUUAUAGUUCAAGAUCCGAAGACGUGGCCAACAACUUCUGGCGGUGGACCAACCAGUUCUCUCUUGAUUGGGGAGGGUCUUGGGAUCCAAGAAGACGAAGAACUGAUGGAAAUAGUUGAUCCAGAUUUACACAACGUUAGUCCGAUGGAAACGGAGGACAGUAUAACUGAAAAGGAAGUAGCGAGUCAUGACAAUGAUCAAAUGCCAGAUAAGUUACUAAAAUUGAAAGAAAUUCAAGCUGAAUACUUUCCUCUAGAGGUAGAAGGAAAGGUAACUAGUUUAAGUUUGAAUUUAGGCAUAUUUAAAGACAUAGAUGAGUUACUAAGGUGUAAAGGUCGUAUGAAACACGCAGACUGGACAUUCGAUAAACGCUACCCUAUACUUAUACCAAAAGAUUCAGAUUUCACCAACGAAAUUAUAAUGAAGACUCAUCAAGAAAAUAAGCAUGUUGGAGUAAGUCACACGUUAGACAAGAUAAGGGAAACUUACUGGAUACCACAAGGAAGAAGCCAAGUUCAAAAGAUUUUGAAGAAGUGCUCCGAAUGUAUGAAGCAUGACGGAGGGCCAUAUAAACUACCAGAAACUCCUGCGUUACCGAAAGAGAGGGUCAAUUAUAGCUCACCAUUCACAUACGUUGGUACCGACUAUCUAGGACCACUUCUAAUCAACAAUGGGAAUGGCAAUUGUAAAAGGUGGAUUAGCCUCUACACAUGCUUAGCCGUAAGAGCCAUUCACUUAGAAAUUGUAAAGGACCUAACUGCGGAAGAAGGUUUAAUGGCCUUACGUAGAAUGAUUUCAGCAAGAGGUGUACCUACCUUAAUAACGUCUGAUAAUGCGGCUCACUACAAGUUACUCUCAGAGAUUCUUCAGAACCCAUACUGCGUAGAGAAAGAGAUAAGAUGGAAAUUUAUACCACAGUUAGCACCAUGGCAUGGAGGAUUCUAUGAGAGAUUAGUUGGUUUGGUUAAAAACUGUAUGAAGAAAACAUUACAGAAACAUUUGUUGAAUGACACUCAGCUAGUAACAGCGGUGAAAGAAAUAGAAGCAGUUCUUAACACAAGACCCUUAACUUACGUAGAUUCAGAGCCGGAUCAUGUACUAAAACCUUCAGACUUUCUUACUAUGGGAAAGUGUAUCAUUAUGGAAACUUCAGAUAAGGAUCCUACGACGUCGCAAGGGACGGUGACUAAGGACAAUUUAAUUAAAGGUUGGAAGAAAGCACGGAUAAUUCUACGAGAAUUUAAAGAGAUGUUUGAGAACAGGUAUCUCCUAAAUUUGAGAGAAAGAUAUUCCCACCAUCCUAAAGAACCUAGAGUAACAUCAAAGUUAGCACCUCAGAUAGGUCAAAUCGUGCAGAUUAAAGGUGACACGAAGAACAGGAUAAAUUGGAAAGUUGGGAAAAUAGUAUCUUUAAAGGAAGGCGCCGACGGUUUAUGUAGGGUCGCCACGGUACGAGUAGGAGAUACAGAGUAUACAAGAUCUAUCGCACAUCUCUACCCGUUAGAGAUCGAAGAUGGAGAAGAACAGUGUAAACAAACAUCAUCUUAUGAAGAAAGUGUAGAAGAACCGGUGCAGAUUCCUGAUCUUCAACGUCCACCAGACAAGGAUGACGUGACGAUGGAAUCCCUCAAAGACGUUACUGAGCCUCCACCUGCGCAAAUAUCCACUCAAGAAGUAAGAGAUCAACCAGAAGAAGUACAGCCUCAUGCCUCGCCAGAAGAGGAACCGUGUUCCUCUAAACAAACAGUUGAGUCUAUAUCUAGUGAGUUAAACGAGCCUAAGCCUAAGUCUAUGUCCGAACCAGAACCACUCGCGGUCGUCGACCUCGAGUUUUACGACCACACUGUUCCCGAGUCACACCACCUAGAGGAAGUUGCGCCAGAAGAACAACACGACGAAGCAAGACCUAAGAGAGCGGCAGCUCUCAGAGCCCUUGAGAAGAUCAAGGAAUGGACCAGCAAUCUAGUCGCCGUGUUGCUGCCUGAGGCGGGGUGUGUCGUGACAAGCACGAAUAUCUAAUGUCACAAUACAAAUUUCCUAGCGGCAACACUGAACAGCGCCCUCUGAGUGGAACUGUGAUCUCGGGGUCAAACAACCAGCCACCAUAAAGUAAAGCGAAGCAGACUGAGGCUCCUCUGGCCCAAGAGAAGUGGAUCAGAGAGAGCGAGGAUAAAGAAUCCUUCAUGGGAGAUGAAGGUAUGUAUGCCAAGCAUUCU